AUGGUCAUCCCGGACCCGGCUCCCGCGCCGGCUCCGGCUUUUGUCUCGCUCGGAAUGGUUGUUCUCGACGAGAUCCGCUUUCCGGACGGCAAAGUCCUCCGCGACAUCCCCGGCGGCUCCGGCUUUUACAGUACUCUCGGCGCCCGCCUCGCCGUCCCGCAGAGCGAGUCCGCGGCCGUUUGCUGCCUCAUCGUCGCCGGAUCGGACUUCCCCGCCUUGGUGAGGAAACAGAUCGAAGAAUGGGGCGUCAGUGUGCACUUGGAAGAGAGACCCGGCGAAUGCUCGACCAGGGGUCUCCUGGAGUACGAGAAUGACGCUUUUGGGAAAAAGCAUUUCCGAUACACCACGCCUCCGCUCCUCCCAAACGUGGAUACACUUCCGGGUCGGCUUCUCGGCUCGUCCGUUUUUCAUGUCCUGGCGACGCCUGAGGACCUCAAGCGACAGGUUGCCGCCCUCAGAACACGCCGCGCCAGUGUAGACGGCUCUCGACCUUUGAUUGCUUGGGAGCCUUCAUCCAUCGGCAUCUCUAAUACAGAGGAUGAUCAUAUGAGAGUUAUUCACACAUUAGGCAUAUGCUCUCCAAACGAUCACGAGCUGCUGCGCAUGAUGGGCGUACGGGAAGGCCCAGGGAUCCCCUACAACAGAGCACUCGUCGAGUCCCACGCCAUUCGACUCUCCAACGAUGAGAUGCUCCACGGUGGCUCAUCUGCCCCUGAGCGGCCUAGCAAAGGGAGAAUCACAGUCAUCAGGUGCGGCGACCAAGGAUGUCUGACCAUCCGCCAGAGAGCCGAGCCCAUAUGGUUGCCCCCCUUUCACGACUACGGCUCGCCCAAAGUCGUCGACCCCACCGGUGCCGGAAACGCCUUCCUCGGCGCUUUCGCCGCCGCCUUCGCCAAGACGCACGACGAGGUCCUGGCGUCCGCGUACGGCACCGUCGCGGCCAGCUUCGUCAUUGAGCAGAUUGGCCCGCCCAGGAGGGGGAUGGCGAAUGGUAAGGAAUUCUGGAACGGGGAGGACUUCGAGGAGAGACUGAGGCAGUACAUAGCCAAGGUCGAGACGUGA